UGAAUAUUGUAUUCCGUAUUUAGAGUUGAGUUUUCCGGAUGGUCCGCUACACUCAUUUGAAGGCUGACGAGUAGGAGGUUCUGCGAAAAGUUACUGUGACUAAGUUCGUAUAUUUGUUAAUAAGAUCAACUUUGUUAACACACUCCAUACUGUGAUAAUGAAUCUUCCAUUAGCCCUCCGUAUUUCUUCAGACUUAUUAACUGUUGCUUUACUUCAUGCUGUUUAUUUUCUGAUAAAGCGCUUUGGAAGCCAUAAAUGGACUUUCUUUUGUGAUGACUGGAGUAUCAAAUAUCCAUAUAAAGGCAACACUAUAACUGAUGUAGCAGUAACCUUAGUUGGUUAUCUCACACCGCUUGUUACCAUUUUUGUUGUAGAGAUAAUCAUCGCCGUACUUAAGAAAUGUACCGAAAAUAGGAAUUAUUCAAUUAAGCGCUCUUUACCGUUUAUCUAUGAUUUCUGUGUUGCCGCUCUUAUAUCUCUUGGAUCAACUUUUUUUAUAACUACGCUUACAAAAUACAAUCUUGGUCGAUUAAGACCACAUUUUUGGGACAUCUGCAAACCAAAUGUCCCAGCAAAUUGUACUGGGUUGCAGACGGUAUAUACGUGUGAAGGUACCAAUCCAAAGUUGAUUGCUGAUGUAUUUUUGUCAUUCAUGUCGGGUCAUGCAUCAACAGCUGCUGCUGGUUUAUUUUUCACUGUGAUAUAUUUGCAGGCUCGGCUACAGUUAUCUGUGAUACCUUUUCUACGACCAUUCCUGCAAUACGUUCUACUCGCCGUUUUGUUUUACGUAUGUGCUACACGUGUGACUGAUCAUUAUCACCAUCCAACAGAUGUACUGGCUGGGGCUGUACUCGGUUUUUUGACUUCUGUAUUCGCCUUUUUCUGGUAUUUGGGUAAUGUGUUCAGUCAAAAUGAAAAUGUCAAAACAUCUAUUCAAUAAGAUGAUAGUAGUACAUUUCAAGACAGUGCCCUCUCCCUGGCCAUUGGCCACAAAAUGAAAACCAUUAAAACAAAAUUUAAUUUUUUUUGUGCUGACAAUUUUAAUAAUGUUAAUUUCAUGAUACAUAUCUUUCUAUGAGUAAUGAAAUGUCUAUCUACUUGCUUCAUAAAUUCCUUUAUUUUAUUUCAUAACGAGAUAAAUUUAUUAGUUUGGUUAUUUUCAUUUUUUCAAUUGUACGUUUAUUAAAGAAUCUUGAUAUGCGUGAUUUUCACAGACUCAUUAUUUCUAGCGAAAUUCAAGUUGUUUUGAAAAUUAACUUUUAUUGCAAUCAUUUGAUUUAUCUGAUUGAUCUAUGAGGUGGAAUUGCGUUUUGUUCUUACUGAAGAGACUUGUUGGUUGAGACGAAAGUUUUAUAAUCUCGGCCCUCAAAACUGACAGAUACCAGUCCAGUCUUUUAUUUGAGAAACUCUGUCUUGUAGCUCACUCAAAUUAGGUAAUGGGAAGUUUUGCACAUCACUUACUUAUUUUUCCUAGUUUCUUUUCAUCAGUUUGAGACUUAUUCGGCAGUUCAGGUAUCACCG